GGCUGCUCUAAGCGAUUGAAGUGCUUACAAGUCUGAUACAAUAAUUAAAUUUACUUGUUUUUGUGAAUCUUUCCUCUGAAUUUGGUGCAGCGAUUUUUCAAAAUGACCUCUGCUUUAUAUCUGGAGCACUAUCUCGAUGGUUUGGAACAUUUACCGAACGAAUUAAAACGCAAUUUUACGCUAAUGCGGGAUCUAGAUUCUCGUGCUCAAACUUUAAUGAAAUCUAUUGAUGAAAAGGCCAAUGAAUUUAUGAAGCAGUUGGUUAAUACCAAGGAGAAUUUUCCGGAAGAUGUGAAAAAAGAAAAACUCCGUGCCAUACAGGAAUUAUUCAAUAAGGCUAAAGAGUAUGGCGAUGACAAAGUGCAGCUAGCUAUUCAAACUUAUGAGCUGGUUGACAAACACAUCCGCCGCCUGGAUUCGGAUUUGGCACGCUUCGAGGGUGAAAUUCAGGAUAAAACGUUAAACGCACGUGAAAAAUCCGAGGAAACAGUCACAAAAAAGGGUGGCAGAAAGAAAGUCAAAGAUGUCAAAAAUUCGGCUAAGAAAAAGCGUGCACAUUCUUCUGAAGAUGAAGGUAGGGUAGCCGGUGCCGGAGCGGCUGGUGCAAGCGGUGGUACCGGUGGAACCGCCAGUGCCAACGGAAAAGGCAAAAACAGCAAGAAGCAGAAGGUAAAUCAAGAAAAAGAAGGCCGCAAAGGUCAUAAGAAAAACGCGGAAUUGGAUGAUAGUGCACAGGACGGGGGUCAUGUUACGCCUCACCCGAGUGACGUAUUGGAUAUGCCUGUCGAUCCGAAUGAACCUACCUACUGUUUAUGCCACCAGGUGUCAUACGGAGAAAUGAUAGGCUGCGAUAACCCAGAUUGUCCUAUCGAAUGGUUCCACUUUGCGUGUGUUGGACUUACAACGAAACCGAAAGGUAAGUGGUUCUGUCCAAAGUGUUCACAGGACCGCAAGAAAAAAUAAGCUUUCGAUAGAGAAUGGCGCUAAUCGCAAAGCAUCGCGUAAAAUCUUUUAUGUUCAAUUUAAUCUGUGUAAUUUACAUGGAGUAAAAUAUUGUAUGUAAUUUGCAUCGAGUAAAGUAUUGUGCGUAAUUUAAGUUGAGUAAAGUAUUGUAUGCGACGGAUAGUUUUAUUCGGGAACGAAUGUUUCGGAUGUGAAUAUUUGGAAAAUAAAAUUGUCUUACUUUUCGGUUUAUCAUUUCUU